CCUCCGCGCAGCCUCCCUGCAUCCUAGCGCGAGCAUCACUGCGCACCGAGCAGCGACGGAGACACCGACCCGCCGAGCGGAGGACGUGUGAGGCAUUCAGCUCCCGGAGCAGCGGCUUGUUUUCGGUGAUUUCUCUCCCCGUCGAUUCUCUAUGGAUGUGAAAUAAAAGCGGCGGUCAGUCGGCGUCCUCCCUCCAUCUCUCUCUGCUCUUCUCUUCCCGUCAGGACCGCAUCCAGCCCAGAUACACAAAAUGGCGGACAUCAUCGAGCUGGGACCCGCCUACGCCAUGUCUCCGGUCCUGGCAGGCUUCCUGGGAGCUGGCGUCCUGGUUUUGGUCGUAGUGGUUCUGGUUCUGCUCUGGUCUUUCUGUCAGCGCCGUUACCUGCGCAUCUCUGGACGCUACAAGCUGCACGGCGACCGUUACUGCGACGCCGAGGACCCCCCCUACAAGUUCAUCCACAUGUUGAAGGGCAUCAGCAUUUACCCAGAAUCCCUCAGCAGCAGCAAGAGGAUCGUACGCAGCAUGCGCCGCGUGGAGCGCUCCGACCGCGAGGGAGAGCGAGGCUGCCCCGCCGCCACGGGGAGGGGCAUGGUGCUGGUGGACGCUGAGAACAACAUCCUGGACGUCCCGGGGCAGCUGCAGAUGAGUCACCUGGUCCCCCCCGCCGGGGCGGGCCCCGCCCUCAACCAGGCCCGGCUGGAGCGGGCUCUGCCGGUCCGCGCCGACUACUGCUGCCUGGACAGCUCAGCCAGCAGCAGCCAGACCAGCAGCAAGACCGCGUCCCCCUUCACCCCUGCGUCCUCGGAGCCCGAACCGGAGCCCAGCCUGGGGGCCAUCAGCCUCACCGUCGACUACAACUUCCCCAAGAAGGCCCUGGUGGUGACCAUCGUCGGGGCCCGGGGCCUCCCCGCCAUAGACGAGCAGGCGGGCAGCUCGGACCCGUACGUGAAGAUGACCAUCCUGCCGGAGAAGAAGCACCGUGUCAAGACCCGCGUGCUGAGGAAGACCCUGGACCCGCUGUUCGACGAGACCUUCACCUUCUACGGCGUGGCCUACAGCUCGCUGCCCGAGCUCACCCUGCACUUCCUGGUCCUCAGCUUCGACCGCUUCGCCCGAGACGACGUCAUCGGCGAGGCCGUGGUGCCGCUGAAGGGCGUGGACCCGAGCACGGGCCGAGUCCACCUGAGCCAGCAGAUCACCAAGAGGAACAUGCAGUGUGAGAGUCGUGGCGAGCUGCUGGCGUCUUUGUCCUACCAGCCGGUGUCUCACCGCCUCAGCGUGGUCGUCCUGAAAGCUCGACACCUCCCCAAGAUGGACAUCACCGGCCUGUCAGCCAACCCCUACGUGAAGGUGAACGUCUUCUACGGCCGGAAGCGCAUCGCCAAGAAGAAGACCCACGUGAAGAAGUGCACGCUGAACCCGGUCUUCAACGAGUCCUUCAUCUACGACAUCCCGCCCGAGCUGCUGCCCGAGAUCUCCGUGGAGUUCCUGGUGGUCGACUUCGACCGGACCACCAAGAACGAGGUUCUGGGCCGCCUGUUGCUCGGGCUCCACAGCCCCCCCUCCGGAGCCUCCCACUGGAGGGAGGUCUGCGAAAACCCCCGCCGGCAGAUCUCCAAAUGGCACAACCUGAGCGAGUACUGAGGCUGGGGGGGGGACCAGCAGAAACCAGCCCACACCACCUUCCUGGCUGGGACUCCACCAGUGAAACCACUGGGAAAUACAGACUCAGUGUACAGCACACACCACACACACACACACACACACACACACACACACACAGUUGUGAUCAUAGUGAAACUCUCUCUCUCUCUCUUCUAUCUCUCUCUUCCACCACUACAUUCGUCCUGUUCAUGACAGCGAAGAAGCAAAAAGAAAACGAGCUGUUUCUAAAAGAGAACCCAUGAAACCAUCCUCGGCCCGUUCAUGUCUCCUCUGGCUGUGUGUGUCCGCGGGGAAGGAAUGCUCCGAUUUAAAAAAGAUUACUAAAGAUUCCCCUUCUUGCUGUUGUCGUCACGCAGCUCAUCGCAUGUCUGUCCCAAGAGAAAAGAAAAACAAGCCCUCCAGAUGAGGAGCUGAGAGCUGAGCGGCGGCAGGAGGACGCUUCAGCUCCGGUAGAAGAAAUACUCACUAACACUGCGUAGGACUAAUCGCUGCAUAUAUCCAAGUAUAAUUACUCCUCAGUAGGACCCGGUAAGAGCGCCACAGAGCUCCCAUGUCUCGCAGCGGCCAUGUUUUUAGGGGGUGGGGUUGUUGUAGUCCACAGCAUGCUCCCUGCCUCCUCCUGAAGAAGAUCAAACAUCGUGUUCACUCGUGGCUCCUGGAGGAGGUGCCCUCCCAUCUGACUGUGAACUGUUUCAAUGUGGAUUUACAAACUGUGGCUGAAGACGAGUGGAGACGCUAACCAAUCAGCUUUCUGCUCAGCAACACUAGAGCAGACUGAGAGACCGUGUAAAAUACUUGUUUGUGACAUGAAUGGUAUUUAAUAGACUCUCUGAAGGAAGCAGGAAGCAGCUGGUGGACUGAUUCAUCCCGACGCCGUUGUCUCAUUACCAGGAGUCACGGAAAGACCUGCCGAGACCAGGAUUCACUCAAUCAGGUCGCACCGUUAAAGCUUGAGAAACGAGUACAGGCAGCAGAACGGGCGUGUUAUUAACGUGGUUUAGCGUCUUCUGACUGACGUAAAAUUAAAUUAAAAUUAAAAUUACAAUCUCUCAGGUGUGAAAUGUUUCAGGUUGGUCUCUGGCUGUACUGGCUGUGGUUUGAGAUUUCUCUGUUGGAAAACUCGAGGCUUUGACACAGAGCUGUCAAAAUGAAAACAGACAGAUGCUAAAUAUUAAACUAACAUCUUCCACGUGUCGGAUCUCCGGUCCUGCAGAAAACGAGUACUGUGGUGUUUCCAGAAUUUUGGCACCGAAGUACCAGUUCUCGUGACAUCCCCACACUGAAGUCACUGUUAAACAGCAUUCAUCAUUUAGCCGACGCUUUUAUCCAAAGCCACUAAUAGUUGGUGUAUCGGUCCGAGGUCGCACGCCACUGGAGCAACAAGGGGUUAAGUGUCUUGCUCAGGGACACGUUGGUGUCUCACAGUGGAUUCAAACCCAGGUCUCUUACACCAAGGCAUGUGUCUAAUCCACUGCUCCAUCUCCACCCCAAAAUAUUUCUUCAGUUCAGUAGUGGUAUGCUGAGACCGGGAUUCGAACCAUUAGUCUUUGGAUCUGCAGGACAAGGCCGUAACCUCUGGACUAUUAAGGCCUAAAGUUUCAGGUCAGGUCGCCCGCGCUCCAUGUGACCUCCGUGACUCUUCAGAUAUUAGCAUGCUAACGUUAGCUUUGUCAGGUAGUGGCCGUAAAUAUUUAAAACGAGUCUGUGAGCUGCAGCCUGUUUCACUGUAGUGAUGGUGAAACUGCACAGCGUCACGCCAGAGACGUUUUAAGAGGAGACCCGUACAAUCCUCAGUACAACUCUAGGCAAACCCCGUAACGCCAAAGAGGGCGGCUGUCCCGCCCC